AAUGAUAUAAAAUAUGUUUUUCAUUUUAAUAGAAAAUAGUAUAGUAAGUUAGAUAACGACAGAGAAACAUGUUAAAUUUUUUUGUUUAAAAUAAAAGAAGAAAAUGGAAAAUAGUCAAAGUAACAGUAAGGCGGAGCGAAAAUAUGGUUUACAGGAAGUUAAGUACAUUCCAGUCGAAUUAGAACAAGGUGUACCUCUUCAGCCCGAAAAUGGAGUUAAAAGAUCUGAUACUUUUUUUCUACAGUUUACAGUCAUGACAGCAUUAUUAAUUUUUAUGGUUGGUGGAACCAUAAUAGUAUGGACUUCUCCAGCGAUAGUUAAGAUGAAAUCUAAUGAUACUAGUAUAAAUCCAUUAGGAAGACCAAUAGAAACGUAUGAAAUAUCUAAAUUUAUGGGUACAGUAGGAAUUCUAGCCAUGGGCGGUGCGCUAUUUUUACCGAAACUGGCCGAUGUCAUCGGAAGAAAAAAAAGUUUGUGGGUGAUGGCAUUUUUUAUGUUUAUAGGAAUUGUAGGAUUGGGUUUCAGCAGAAGCGUUAAUGUGAUGAUUAUGUGCUCGACUCUAACAAGCAUAUUUUUCUGUGGAGCCAUGGGAAUUCUUCCAAUGUAUUUAACAGAAAUAUGCGAAGAUCACAACCGCACAAAAUAUGGUUGCCUUAUGUCAGCCUUUAUACCUUUAGGACAAUUAUAUACGUAUCUUAUUGGUCCGGUAUUUAGUUAUACAGUUUUUACAAUACUAACAGCAGUUCCAAUGAUUCCGUUUCUGGUUUUAUUCCUUUUUGCUCCAGAAAGCCCUGUAUACUCUCUAAAAAAUGGAAGAAGAGAAGAAUGUUUACGAGCAUUAAAAAAGCUACGGUCUAAUAAAACUGACCGAGAAUUAGAUAACGAUUUGCAUAACAUAAGUAAGGCUUUGGCCACAACAAACAAAACAGAGGGAAAUAGUGUUGGAAAACUAUUUGGUACUAAAGAAGGACGUGUAGGAAUGCUAUUAUCUUUAUUACCUCUAUUUGCUCAAUAUUUUUCUGGGGUUCCCAUUUUAAUGAUGUUAAUGGCACCAAUAUUUAACGAGUCUGGCUCGUUUAUAUCAGGCAGUACAAUUGGUGUUUGUGUAGGAGCCGUAAAAAUAUUUCUUUUUACCACUACGUCAUUGAUUGUUGAGAGAUUUGGAAGACGUCCUCUCUUACUAAUGUCAGCUAGUGGAGCUGCAAUACCCAUAUCUCUUCUAGGAGUAUUUUUCUAUUUAAAACAUAUUAACUCACCCUUAGUGCCUCUAUAUCCUUGGGUACCACUGGCCUGCGUUUUGACGUAUAUUUCAUUUUACGCAAUGGGUCUUGGGCCGAUACCAAUAACUGUAAUGGGUGAGAUGUUUUCUUCUGACACUAGAUCAACUGGUUGUGCGAUUGUCACUACUGUUUCAUCAUUGGCUCUUACUGUAUACGUCUCUGCAUAUCCUAUUUUGGCGGAGGCGAUUGGAACUCAUUGGUGUAUGUGGAUUUUUGGAAGCUGCUGCUUUGGCGGUGCAUUGUUAAUUUACUUUUUAUUGCCCGAAACUAAAGGUAAAAAUGUAGUUGAAAUACAAGAAAUUCUCAAAAAUUAUUGACAUUUGCUAGAUAUUAUUUUAAUAAAUUGUAAAUAAACCAA